CAUAUUGUAGGUCCUUUGAAUCUACCAUGUUAUUUUAAGCAAGUUAUAGGUUUUCGAUUAAUUUAAUCUAUAUCUGCUUUAACUUAUUUAAUAGUAUGUCAUGUUAAUUUUUCUUUAUUUUUAGGACUUUAUAAAUUGUCAAGGGAGGAGAAUGAAGUUUAACGUCAAGUAUUAUGCAAGUCUUGAGAGCAUCUUUUCUGACCUAACAAUUCCCUUUACUAAAGGAAAAAUUGGGCCAGCAUCUGCUUUGGCAGCAGAUAUUGUUGGUAUUGGCGAUUCAUGGCUCAAAUAUGCUAUUAAACAAGCUAUAAUUGAGCCAAUAAGAGAUGUAGAAGAUCAGGAGUGGUUUAAAAGCUUAAAUGACAAGUGGAAGGUAUACCUACGCAGGAACUCUGAGGGAGAAAUAGAUCCUAAAGGUGAUACAUGGGCUGCUCCAUAUCGAUGGGGCUGCAUGGUAAUAGCAUACAAGACAAAUAAAUUUCAAGAGCAUAAGUUGGCUCCUGUAGAGGACUGGGCGGAUCUUUGGCGGCCUGAUCUAGCUGGAAGGAUUUCAAUGAUUGAUUCUCCUAGAGAAGUUGUUGGUGCAGUUUUGAAGUAUAUGGGGACUUCCUAUAAUACAAUUGACAUCAAUGCUGAAGUCAAUGGUGGGAGAGACGCUGUUAAACAUAAUUUGGCUUUGCUCGCGAAACAGGUUCGACUGUUUGAUAGUUCAAACUAUCUAAAAGCUUUUGGAGUUGGAGACGUUUGGGUAGCUGUUGGAUGGAGUAGUGAUAUUAUUCCUGCUGCUAAACGCCUGUCUAAUGUUGCUGUUGUUGUUCCAAAGUCUGGAGCGAGUUUAUGGGCAGAUCUUUGGGCAAUUCCGGCUGCAUCUAGGAUUGAAACAAUUCGGAUUGGUGGACGUGUGAGAGGGCCGUCACCAUUAAUCCAUCAGUGGAUUGAGUUUUGUCUGCAAUCUGCCAGAGCUCUCCCCUUUAAGCAAGAGGUGAUCCCAGGUGCCUCUCCCUCAAAUCUUCAAAGUCAUUCGGCCAAUGUGCCCAUCGAGUUAACCAAUGGUAGACCAAAGCUAAAGGGUAACCUAGUUGAUGGAGCUCCUCCACCAGACAUCUUAGAAAGGUGUGAGUUUCUAGAGCCAUUAUCUAAUUCGACAUUGUCAGAUUACCAUUGGUUGAUUACCUCCAUCCAGGAACCUAGCCAUGGAUUGAUACACAAAAUGUAUCAUAAUAUCUUAUCACUGGCUAAAUUUUCUGGGUGGUUUAAUUCAAAACUUACUUGAAUAAUGUUACUGAGCUGUGUGGUACAUGUCAAGGAUCCGUGGCUGAUAAUUUGAACGACCAGAAAUUUAAUAAAAUUUACUGAUUACAAACAAGGUUAAGAGGCUGUCCUUCAAACCCCAACAAUGCCGUAGCUACAUGGGAGAAACGCUGAUGCUCUCCUCCACAUUGUUCGUAAGCAACGGAUUUUGUGUAAAGUUCAUCUGAUUAUAGAUUAUUCAUGUACAAGUGCAUGAGUUUAUUCAUUUUUUAAAACCUAA